AAAAAACCAUCGCUAAAACACGCUAUAGUUUUUAUUUAACAUCAUAGAAGGGUAAAAGGCAAAAGCCCAACUAGUCAGAGCAGCUUCAUCUGUUAACAAAAACCUGAAAUGGGUAUUCCCAACGAUAACCGGCUGAUUGUAUAAUCUUCAGGAAAUAUUUUGCUACAUUUCUACUCAGCAUUGACAACAGUGAAGCAUGAAAUACGAGUAAAAUUUUCUCUAGUGGCGUAAGUAAAAGAAAAUUUACAUCAAGACAAUUCCAUUUAUUUACAUCAACAAUUUCCAAAAUGGAUAGCAGAAUAGUGAAUAUCGUGUCUUGCUCAUCAUGUAAUCAAUCACUGGCUGAGCCCCCGAUCGUUGAGCAAAUAGAAAAUCCUCUCGUAGCAACCACGUGUACGCAUCUGUAUCACCUGCAGUGUUUGAAAGACGUAAUAGAUAUUGCUCCACCUGGUGCUGUAAAAUGCGUAUUCCCUAGAUGUGACCAAGAAAUCCAACCAGACACUCAUUAUUUCGUAAAAGGUAACAUGAAGCAAAUUACCAUGAUAGAUGAAUUUCGUAACACACCGUCUUUCCUCGUAAGUCGAAUCAAAGAACUAGAAGAAGAAAAUCAAGAAUUACGUAAAACAAAUACAUCACAAGAAAUAGAAAUUCAACGCAUCAAUAAUAAAGCUAAACAAAGCAUUCAAAAGAUUAUUGACCUAAAAGCAAUCACGAAAACAGUAGAAUUUUCAACACCAGCACCGAAACUCGAGGAAAUUAAACAUGACUCACCGCUGUCCGAAGAGAAUAAUCGUACUGAUGACGACGGAGAAAUGCUGGAGAUGAAUUUUACCCCUUCAUAUGAAUGCAUGUCUGAUGAAGAUAAAAAAUCAACGAACUCGAAGAUAGCAAAAGAAGACAUCCAAGAAUUAUCACCUAUAAAACAAAGAACAAAAGAUAAAUCUCCAAUUACUAAAAAAGCGAACAGUACUAUAAUUAAAAUAAGACAAAGCAGUAAUGAUCGUAAACAGUUGUCACCGAAGAAAAAAUCACCAGAACGCAAAAAAUUAAUAACACCGCCACGUAGCAAAUCUCCAACUAAAUCAACAAUCACACGUAUCCGCCCUACGUCUCCGGUAUACAAACGACCAUACGUAAAACCAAAUUAUUCUAGCUAUCGAUAUUCAACACGCAUACCGAGAACACCAUUAGGAUAUAACAGAAGACAUGAAUUAAGAAAACAAGAUUACGAAAGACGCAACUCGAAACGCUAUGAAUCUCUGAUGAUUUAUCCAUCUUCUAAAUGUUAUCCUAAACCUGGACAAUUUGCGGCGAUCAAGACAAUCAAACAUUUACGUAACUCGAUAACAAUAGAUACCUAUGCAGAAAAAAGAGCUCAAACAGUAUAUUUACCGAUUAACUACACUUUAUUUCGAAAAGAGCUGGAAAAUUUCAGUUACCCGCUAAUGAACAGAGCACCAAAAGAAGUAUACAACAACAUACGCCCGAUCAAAGAUCAUCUAUUUCUCAGAAGUUUUUCAAUGACAGUUGGAAAUGGUGGUUCUGAAACAAUCUUCUUGAUUCAAAAUCAUUUCAUGAUUGGAGAUGGAGCAAUCCAACAAAUUGUUCACACAGCCGUAAAAGCAGAUCCCAGUUAUGUAGAUGCGAUGAAAUUUAAUGACUUCAUACAGCCAAACAUCUCCGUUGACCAACUCGAGCGCAAUAUUGACAAACACCUUCUGAAAUCAACGCGAGGUAUAAUAAUGUCGGUAGGCCACAAAGACCUCAUGGAUGGGACCUGUGAAGAAAAGUUAAAAUCUCAGUAUUUACGAUUAAUAAAUACUUUGGAACGCAAAGGAGCUGAAACAAUAGUGAUAUUACCUCCAAUCCUGUUAAAAGAGUUUAAGGAUCAAGGUUCUAAAUUACGAGAUUGGCUACAAAGAACAGCACAUGAAAGACAGGAAACAGUAACAUACGUAAGACAAGCGGAAUCCAUACUUGACCGAUCCACUCCAAUUGAAAAAGGUGAAAACGAAGCGCCGACAAUGAUACAACAUAUCAUCUUAGAACUGAUCCUGGGUCUCAUUCCAUUCCUCACCGAAUAA